AUGCCGGCAGCGCGCUCUCGCAAGGUGUUAGCGCAUGGGGAUAAACCUCUUGAGAUGCUGGCUGGUGUGACGGGGGACCUGGACAGUUCCUUACGUCAGGACAUGACCAAUCUCUGCGAUUCUCCAGACGUGAAUUUGCCACCAGAUUAUGGACCAGUCGACCCUUAUUCUAAAGGAUUGACGAUGCUCUAUUGCUUCAAAGCCGGCGCAGGACCUGGUGAAUCUACCGGUUUAGCAGCUCCCAUUAAUCGCUGGUGCAUGAUCAAUGAACUUCAAUCCCAAACUGAUCAGAAUAUGGCUGGUAAAAGAUACGAAAGUACCAGGACCGAGUUCGUUUCCUGGGCCGGCCCCGCAGCGUCCUAUCGACCAGGGCACGAAAAGACCGGCCCGUCCGACAAACAAAGUUUCCGUCCUGGGAGGCCUAUUGCUAUGAGAAGUCUCAUGGCAGGUUGA